AUGGCCUCGGCUUCGCUCCUAAAGCAGCAGCCUGGCCUAAACGCCGCUACGCCGGGCACAUACGACUCCCGGCCCACUCCGGGCAGAGCUCCGCCCCCAACAAACGCCCCUAGUGAUAAGCCGAGCCCAGCGUUCCAUUGGGUCACGCCAGAAUCUCGCGAGACUUUAGGGCGUCCGGCUUCCCUCGGCGGAAAGGUUGUAACACCUGGUCGUAGCUUCCCGCCGGCGGAAUCCCCGCACCACCCAAUCCCCUCGCGACCCAGACUCCCUCGGGGCACGUCAUUAGCAAGUCCGCCAUCUUGGCUAGAACGAGUCUUUCACGGACUACAAAUCCCGGCGUACAAAGCAGGUACCCGCUUCUGGCCGGGAGUUCUGGAGCAUUUAAAAUUGGCAGCUGAGGCUUGAAGGAGUGACAUUAGAUUCUGAGUGAGAAUACCACAUUUAUGUAAACUUGUAAGUAAAUGAAAUAAGGUUUAAAAUCCUGACAAUGUAUAAUCUUCUCAAGGGAAAAAUUUUAUAGGGUAUAAAAGACAAACAAAAAACA